UUGGUUUCAUUAGCUUUUAUAAUGACUACCGAUGUUGUUGUUGUCGUUGUUGGCCUAGAAAUCGGUGAUUACCCGAACAUAACGGACACCAAUCAGUGCGGUAUCGGUCGUCAGUCGCAUCUGUUGAACGACCAGUGCUUUGAAUGGCAUAAAAGUAAUGAUUUGAUGUCCAAUGUUGUCAACGGCAGGGAUGUCCAGCCGGGAGAGUAUCCAUACGUUGUCUACAUUGAGAUUUGGGUCAGACUAUCGAAAUGGGGCGGAACUGAUGGUCAAAAUGGUGGGUGUACGGGAUCUAUACUCAACCAGCACUGGAUACUAUCGGCGGCCCAUUGUUACAGUAAUCUCGCGGGUAUUGAGUACUAUAAGGUAUUCGCGGGAACUAUAGAUAAGUCAAAACUGGGAACAGAUUAUGGAGUCGAAGAAGUCAUUCUACACCCGAAGUUCGAGAGAACUCCUCGUAAUCCCUAUGAUGUGGCGCUCAUACGUGUGAAGACACCAAUGGUUUUCAAUGUUGGAGAUAAUGGUUACGCCUAUCGGCAGUUAAACAGUAUUUGUUUGCCGCCUAUCGAUCAUAUGGUCACUGAAUAUGAGUUGGCAUUAAUUGUAGGUUUCGGUCGUAUCAAUGAUACCUCAAAACCUAACCGAUCCAAACAUUAUUAA